AUGUCUGUGUUCUAUGCCCUGGAACCUGUGAAUGUCACCUUAUAUGGCAAAAGGCAUUUUAUGGAUAUGAUUAAGUUAAAGGUCUGGAAGGUCUGCGGGGCCCUCAAUGUCACUGUGUCCCCAGGGCCUGUGGUUGACUACCUGGAGGGGGAAAAUGCCACCCUUCUCUGCCACGUCUCCCAGAAGAGGCGGAAGGACAGCUUGCUGGCGGUGCGCUGGUUCUUCGCGCGCCCCGACUCUCAGGAGGCCCUGAUGGUGAAGAUGACCAAGCUCCGGGUGGUGCAGUACUACGGCAAUUACAGCCGCAGCGCCUACCGGCGGAGGCUGCGCCUCCUGGAGGAGAGGCGCGGGGCGCUCUACACGCUCUCCGUCCUGACCCUCGGGCCAGCGGAUCAAGGGCAUUACGUCUGCAAAGUCCAGGAAAUCAGCAAGCACAGGAAUAAAUGGACGGCCUGGUCCAAUGGCUCCUCAGCAACGGAAAUGAGAGUGAUUUCCCUCAAAGCUUCUGAAGAUUCAUCCUUUGAGAAAAAGAAAAAGACCUGGGCAGUUUUUGAAGAUCUCUACGUGUACGCGGUGCUCGUGUGCUGUGCGGGGAUUCUCAGCGUUCUGCUCUUCACCCUGGCCAUCAUCUGGCAAUCUGUGUUUAACAAGAGGAAAUCCAGAGUGAGACAUUAUUUGGUGAAAUGCCCUCAGAACAGCUCAGGGGAGACCGUCACCAGCGUGACCAGCUUGGCCCCACUGCAGCCCAAGAAGGGCAAGAGGCGGAGGGAGAAGGCUGACGUGCCUCCUGCAGUCCCCGCCAAAGCUCCCAUAGCUGCCACCUUCCAUAAACCGAAGCUGCUGAAGCCACAAAGGAAAGUCACCCUGCCCAAGAUUGCCGAGGAGAACUUAACCUAUGCCGAGCUGGAGCUCAUCAAACCCCACCAGGCUGCCAAAGGCAUCCCCACCAGCACCGUCUACGCCCAGAUCCUCUUCGAAGAGAACAAGCUGUAACUCUGCGUCCUCUUCCGUGGUCCUAUUUAAUACCUGCCGCCCCAGUUAUUUAUGAAACCUUGGAAACAAAGUCCUUAUUUUUGUAUUUUCACUCGUACCUUCUGUGGCGGGGAUCCCCGUACCGGUGGCAUUCCCGGUGCCUUCAGAGAUACGAAGCUCCUCUCCACAAACCGUGGGGGCCACACCCUUGGACCAAUCUCCCAGGACAAGAUGUUUCUGAGUCUGAGCCCUGAGAGGUGAGGACUCUGAUUCUGAGAGCACCAAGGAGAUUUUUCUGCUGAGCCAAACCCCUUCACAUUCUUCUUUCUCUGGGUUUUUAUAUUUUUUAAAUCUUUUUUAAGUCUUCAUUUUAAUCUUCGACUCCUCCCGUAUCCAUGGUAUCGAACUCAUAGUAUAUAGCUAGAGGAAAUGCCAUUAUAGGCCAAGGUGUGAAUGGUAGGUAUGUAGGAAUAAGUUUUCAGAGGAUCAGGUAACAUUGCUCGGGCACCUGGAGCAGAGCAAUCUGCUUAUUGCAAGCCUUCAUUUAAGAUAGCGUCUCUUGUUUUAAGUAGAUGCACCGACCCUGGCGAUUUGAGGGCAGAGAGUCCAGGUUGUGGGGAAGUCUGAGGUCUAGGCUGACAGUGGACUGACUGUCUUUGAGUCCCCCAGUGCCUGUUUCCCCACUCCUGACCACCUGGGGGCGCAAGACAAGUAGAACACCAUUCUAACAGGCUUCUACCCCUUUAGCAAGAGGACCUAUUCUGGUAUAGAAACUUAUAUUCUCCAAGGAGUUCUUAGUACCUUUUUCCCAAGGAGCAGGGGAAUUUGCCAACAAUUGACGCACUGGAGGAAGCUGACCUCUUGGAAGUAUGCCAAGAAUGUCCACUCAUGUGACAGCAAAGUCUCUUGCCUGGUUCCCCCAGGGCAGGAGAGUAGGAAGAGCAAGCUGAGCUGGAAAAGGGUGUCCUGAACACCCCAGUGUUACAGAGUGCCUCCCCAACUCAACUUUGCGUGUGAAUUCUAAUAGAUUUGGGUGGGCGUCAUGGCAGGGAUGCGUGGUGUAUAAAUCCAUGAGGAAGUUGCUGUCUGGACCUGUGUGCCGUCCAGCUUCUCACUGAAGACCAAUCCAUUCUGGAAGAGAGCCAUCCUGUCAACUGUGUGGUUAAAGACACUUCCUGAUGUGUGAGCGUGCUCUGGGUGGUUAUUUGCUGCACACUGCAGAGUUUGUUUGGCUUUGUAAUGGACCGUGUAUAUAUGGUAAAUUAUCUAUUUUAAACACAACCUUGAGUGUGAGUUGUGCCCCUCUGUGUAUCCAUGUGAACUUGGUCAAGUUUCUCAUCCCCUAAUUGUCUCAGCUCCGUGUUUGUAUGAAGAUGACAUAACCUCUCAUAGAAUUCUUCUCAUGGGAUAAUGAAUAUUGCAAGAUUCUGGGCACUAUUGCUACACCCAUAUACAGUGUUAACAUUCAUGCUAAAGCCAGUUCACAUUUUCAAAAUAAAAAUGUCUUUACUACUUAA